AUGGCCACCAAUGACGCGCCGCAGCCGGCAGCAGCUGAUCCAGCCAAUGAAAUGCGAGGGAUUGGAAGGAUGGGUCCCAUGAGUGGUGGAUAUACCCCUAUCAGAACAAGCGUUGUGCCGCUGGGUGUUCCUGUAGCGGAGGGUGUGCAAACGCAGCCUGCUGUAACGCGUACGGCGGCUGGACAAGCUGGAUCAGGAGCUGAGCAGGAAUUACCCCCAAAUAAGAGGCUUGAGUUUGAUACUUGCCCUCUAUCUGUUGAAAGUCCGGCCAUUGGUGCUUCUUCUGCACGUGGUGCUGAUGCAACUGACGGGGAUGACUCAAAGCUAUCAGCCAAUGAGCGGAGAUCUGGACGGGAAAGGAGUCAGGGAGUAGAGGAGGAGAGGGAGGGAAGGGGAGAGAGGAGAGAGGGAGGAGGGGAGGAGAGGGGGGGAGGAGGAGAAGCACGAGGAGCAAGGAGAAGACGAGAGGACAGCGAAGAGCCCCCGAGUAACACGGAAAAGAGGCUUAGAGGCUUCGAGGUGCAGCCAGCCGCUGCAACCCAGGCGCAGGAUGACAACCCGGGCCUGAACCCAGACCUGAAUACGCCUUUAACUACUGAUUUAAACGCGGACGCGCACUGCCAUUUGACCGCUCUUUCGCUCUCCACCGCCCCUCUCUCGCCCCAGUACCCUCCCGCUCCUCCGCGCCGAGCCGCCACCAGGAUCGGGCAGCUCAUGCUCAUCCGAGCCUGCCACAGCGAGCAGCUUCGGCGGUUCAGCCUCGGCACAGCCUUGGGGCUGCGGACCAGGAACGGGAUUCUCACGGACCUGCCUGCAAUCAUUGUUUUUGUGCCUCGGAAGGUUCAUGAGCAGUGGCUGCUGCCUUCCCAGAUGCUUCCUAGCAAGCUGCAGGGACCAGACGGGUACGAGUGUGACGUGGAUAUAGUCGAAUUCUCUUAUUAUGGUGGGCAUGGGGCAGGAGGGGGGCCGACACAGCAGCCGCAGCUAAUUAGUAACGAGUUAGUGGAGAGAUUAAGAGGCAGUGGUUCUAGGAUCGGCCCCGGCUCGCAAAUUGCGAGUGAGGAGAUGUAUGGGACUCUAGGAGCCAUAGUUAGGAGCCUGACUGAGCCACGUGGAUUAGGGUUUCUGACUAACAGACACGUGGCAGUUGACUUUGACCAGCCGAAGCAGAAAAUGUUCCACCCGCUGCCGUCUUCGCUAGGUCCGGGGAAGUACUUAGGCUCGGUGGACCGAGCCUCGUCGUUUGCCUCGGACCACCUCUGGUACGGCGUGUUUGCCGGGCAGAGCCCGGAAACUUUUGUUCGGGCAGAUGGGGCGUUUAUUCCGUUCCAUGAGGAGUUUGACGUGGGUCUGUUAACCACGUGGCUGGAGGGGAUCGGGCGGAUUGGCAAGCCACACGAGAUCAGAUUGCAGGACGAGAUUUUCAGCGUGGCAGGGCAGCACGUGUGCAAGGUGGACAGCAGCUCAGGUGGGCAGCAGCUCGGGUUCAACACGCGCAGCAUGGUGGAUGGCGUAUGCAGUGGAGUAACACAACAGGAUGCCCUUCCCCACUCCCCCAUCUCCCCCAUCCCCUGCAACCCCUGGCAGGUGGGCAGCAGCUCAGGGCUAACGCGAGGCACGGUGAUGGCGUAUGCAGUGGAGUACAACGAUGACAAGGGCAACACGCUCUUCACGGACCUGCUGGUCGUGGGGGAGGAUGGGCUGCCCUUUGACGUCGAAGGGGACUCUGGCAGCCUCAUUCUCAUAAUGUGCAUGCUCCCGCGCAUGCUUCCGCGCAUGCUGCAGGGCAUGAGGGCGCACAUGCUCCCAUGCAUGCUCCCAUGCAUGCCCCCAUGCAUGCUCCUACGCAUGCUUCAGCAGCGCAUGCUUCAGCAGCGCAUGCUCCUGCUCCCACGCAUGCUUCAGGCGAAUAGAGGGAGGCUGAAGCUGCGACAGGGGAAUGUGAGGGAGAAUUGGACAAGCGGGGUGGAUUUGCACCGGCUGCUGGCGCUGCUGGAUCUCGAGAUGGUUACCACCGAUGAGGAGUUACAAGCUGUGAAGGCAUUCUGGGAGCAUUCUCCCAGGCAUUCUCUCAUCUAUCGCGUAGCCCAUCCACAUGCACGAUCGAAGGAAUAA